CUAUAAUGAACAAUGGGGCUAAAGGCCAUACCAAAGUUGUGCUUUCGGUGGUAGGCUCUGUGUUAGGCAUUUUGUUACUCCUAGGUGUUGCGAUUUUGUUUGUUUUUUCCAAAAGAAUGGGCAACAAAGAAAGUGAGCCCAGAAGAGGAACUACUGAAAACUUGUUUGUGAUAUGGAGCUAUGAUGGGAAACUGGUUUAUGAAAACAUCAUUGAAGCAACGGAGGACUUUAAUGCCAAACAUUGCAUAGGUGUGGGAAGACAAGGCAUGGUGUAUAAAGCUGAGUUUCCUAGUGGUCAAGUUGUUGCAGUGAAGAAACUUCAUACUUUGCAAGAUGGAGAGUUGGCUAAUCUAUCUAGUUUUACUACGGAGAUACGUGCGUUGACAGAGAUAAGACAUCGGAAUAUCAUAAGGCUCUAUGGAUUUUGUUCUCAUCCACGACACUCGUUGUUGGUUUAUGAGUUCUUGGAAAGGGGGAGCUUGCUCAAGAUACUUAGCUAUGAGGAAGAAGCAUUGGGUUUUGAGUGGAGUAAAAGGGUGAAUGUUGUUAAAGGUUUGGCAGAUGCUUUGUCUUAUAUGCACCAUGAUUGUCUGCCUCCGGUCAUUCAUCGUGAUAUAUCAAGCAAAAAUGUUCUGCUAGAUUCAGAAUGCGUAGCUCAUCUCUCUGAUUUUGGCACUGCUAGACUUAUAAGCCCUCAGUCAUCCAAUUGGACUUCAUUUGGGGGAACCUUUGGCUAUGCUGCUCCAGAACUAGCUUACACAAUGGACGUGAAUAAAAGAUUGGAUGCUUAUAGCUUUGGGGUUGUAACACUCGAUGUAUUAAUGGGGAGGCAUCCAGGCGAUCUCCUCUCUUCUCUUUCCUUGUCCUCAGGGUUGUCAUCAUCAUCAGAUUUAUCUCCACCCACUGCCAACAAUAUAUUGCUGAUAGACAUAUUGGACAAACGCCUCCCCAUUCCAAGGAAUCAGGUGGCAGGAGCAGUGGUUUUUGCGGCAAAGCUAGCAUUGGCAUGUUUGCAUCCCAUUCCACAGUGUCGACCAACUAUGCAAAGAGUUUCUUUGGAACUAGCAAAAGAAAGCCCACCAUUGCAAUACGCAUUGCCCAUGAUUACACUAGUACAACUCUAUAAUGUCAACUUUCUGACAUCCUAAGCACUAUAUUUUUUCUUGAUUUUAUUUUGGAUCCCCAUCUUCUAUGUUAAAUUUGAGUUUCAGUCUCAUUUAGUGUCACUUGUUGUGCCCUUUGCUGCAAUCAACAUUGUAGUGACAUAAAAUUCGUCAUUUCUGUAACAUAACCAUGCUUAGCAGUAAAAAUAAGGAUGAUACAUACCUAUUGUCAUACCAUGAAAUUCAAAAUGAAUUGGCAGCACAUGUAUUUCUGUCCUCUGCAGAAGUAGAAGGAUACUCGGACUUAGCCACUAUUCUCUGGGGUAGUUGUUAACUUCUAAGAUUUAUGAUCUAUUGUGAUACAUAAAUGACACGAUCAGUUACUUUGCAAACUCAAUAAAGUGAACAUAUGUUCAUGUUUCUCUAAAAUUAGAUCUCAUACCUAUAGGUAGUAUGUUGAUUCAAUAGAAAUUGUGUUUUACUACAUUUUCAGUUGAAAACAUCACGGGGAGGACAAUUUUUUGCUUCAUGAUAAAGCCGUUCAAUGGCAAGUUUCUUCAGAUUGAAGAAACAAAAUAUGGUUCUAAAAUUAAGUCAAGGAGGCAAGUCGAUAGGAAACAUAUGCAUGACCGUGGAGAUCGCAUAUAGCCCCCGAAAGUUCUUCAUCUCCAUUUGCAUUGUUGGUUCAGGAGAGCCAUUGGGUGGAUUUGCCACCUGAGUUGGUUCUUGUCAUAAUUCAGCGACUAGAAGCUAGCCAGACCUUGUGGCCUGCCCAGAGGGAUGUGGUUGCUCGUGGCUGCAGUUUGGUUGUGGAGGGAGACAAAGACAGAGGUCAUGAAAACUCCUGAGCAAUGCGGGUGCUCACUUUCCCCAUCUCAGUAAUUUUGAGCCUCAACAUCCCCUUAAUGUUUCCCCCUUCCCUACCCCCAUUCUUCUGUUUGUUUUUGUUAACCGUUUUUUUUCCUUCAAUUUUUGUGUGCCUGCUUUCUGCAUACUGAAUUGGUGGUUCUUUGAUUCCAUAUUACCUCGACUUUUGAAUAUCAGCCAAGACCAAGAGAUUCUCUAAUCCUAUGCUUUAUGAAAAGGGAAAGGGG